AGUAAGAGCAAUAACAUAAGUAAGCCUUCUGAUUUCAAAGGCAAGGAAAUGCAAGAGACCAUAGCGAGACAGACGCAGCAGCUCAAUGAUUUUGUAGAAAAAGUAAGCGUGAUGUCCAUCGAGCGAAUGUCUCUGCUGAAAGCGAAUGAGGAGCUGAACAUCCAAGUUCAAAACAUGAAAAAAGCUGCGCUGGAAGUAGACGCUCUGGUUCAGGAGAAAGAAGACGAAUUAAAGAAACAGUUGGACGCAAACAAAACUUUGAAGAAAAAUAUCACUGCUCUGGAGAAGAAAAAGUCCACUCUGGAGAAAAAAACAAUCACCUUGGGUCAGCAAAACACAGCUUUAGAGACUGAAAAGAUCACCUUGGAGAACGAAAAGAUUGUCUUUGAAAACGAAAAGACCGUUUUGGAGGAGAAAAAUACUCGUUUGGAGAAGGAGAAGGCCGCUGUGGAGGAGAGAAACACAGCUUUAGAGAUAGAAAAGACCGCCUUGGAGAGAAGAAAGACUGCGUUAGAGGUUGAAAAGAACGCCUUGGAGAAGAGGACCUACACGCAGCAGAAAGAAAAUUUUGCACUGCGACAGAAAAACAGGAUCUUGGAGAACCAAAACACCGCCUUAAAGGAGAAAAACACUAUGCUGGAGAACCAAAAGACCGCCUUAAAGGAGAAAAACACUACGCUGGAAACACAAAACACUGACUUGGAGAAAAAGAACACUGCUCUGGAGAAGAAAAAGACCACUCUGGAGAAAAAAAAUAAUGCACUUGGUCAGAAAAACGCAGCCUUAGAAAUUGAAAAGGCUGCCUUGGAGAAGGGAAAGACUGACUUGGAGGACAAAAACACAGCCCUGGAAACACAAAACACAACCUUGACAAAGAAGACGACCGUUUUGGAGAAGAAAAAGACUGCUCUGGAGCAAAGAAGUAUCACACUGGGGCAGAAAAACGCAGGCUUGGAGAUUGAAAAGACCGCCUUGGAAGAGAGAAACAUAAACUUGGAGCAUGAAAAAACUGCCUUGGAGGAGAGGAUCACCAUCUUUGACCACAUAAAUACUGUCUUGAAAGAGGAAAACACCGCCCUCAAGCAGGAAAAGACUGCCCUGAAUGAGGAAAACACCACUCUGAAGGUGAGAAGCACAGCUCUGGAGCAGAAAAGUGCAGUCUUGGAGAGAAAAACCACUGCCUUGGAGAAAAUUAACACCAUCCUCAAGCAGGAAAACACCGGCCGGGGGCAGAAAAUCACUGCUUUGGAGGAGGAAAAAAGCUCGCUGGAGAAGGAAAACACCACCCUGAAGCAGAGAAGCACCACUGAGAAGCAGAACAGAACCAUCUUAGAGAGGAAAACCACUGCCUUGGAACAAAUAAGAGCCAUCCUCAAGCAGGAAAUCACCACCCGGGGACAGAAAAUCACUGCUUUGGAGGAGGGAAAAAGCUCGCUGGAAAAGGAAAACACCAGCCUGAGGCAGAAAAUCGCUGCCUUGAUGAAAAUAAGCACUGACCUGAAGCUGAAAAGCGAGACCCUGGAGAAGACAACCACUGCCUUAAAGGAUAAAAACACCAUCUUUGAACAGGAAAACAUCGCCCUGAAACUGAAAAGUAUCGGAAGUGUCUUGGAAGGGGAAAAGCUGACCAGGGUCAGAGUGGAACAGCAGAACCAGCAGCCGUCUAAAGAGGAAACCCACGGAGACAGCCAGUCGGAUUCAGACCAGCCGUCGGUAAUCGCACGUGUGGUCGGAGAGUUGACCGGCAGGUGGCAGAGCGGAGCAGCAGACGGGCCCUGA